UGAGCGCGGCUUCUGGUCGUUCUGGUUCUGAUGAAAACGUAUAAAACGGUGUUAGAUUUGGACUGUGUUGGGUGUUGGGCAGGUUCGGCUUGGUUCGGCUACUGAUAUUGACUGAUAUCACCAGUGAUUGCUGCUUCUGCUGCUGGCUGCUGGCUCGUAAUGAUUGCACUUGGAUAGUAUUUUAAGUUUAAAAGUUAAAUUUAAAUAUUAAUCCCAGUCUGGAAUAAUUAAAUACAUUAUUCCAGUAUUUUAAGUAGUGAAAUGUCCGUACAGUAACAUAAAAUAAAUAAAUUGAGAGUUGAAUCAGCUUUCACCGUAAAAAUGAUCGGAGGUCUAUUUGUGUACAAUCACAAGGGAGAAGUAUUAAUUUCUCGGGUGUAUCGAGAUGAUAUUGGUAGAAAUGCCGUAGAUGCAUUUAGAGUUAAUGUUAUUCAUGCUCGUCAGCAAGUUCGUUCACCCGUUACCAAUAUUGCUCGUACAUCAUUCUUUCAUAUUAAACGAGCAAAUAUUUGGUUGGCUGCAGUAACUAAACAAAAUGUUAACGCAGCAAUGGUUUUUGAAUUUCUUCUCAAGAUCAAUGACGUUAUGCAGUCGUACUUUGGAAAAAUUUCCGAAGAAAAUAUUAAAAAUAAUUUUGUUUUAAUUUACGAGUUGCUUGACGAAAUAUUGGAUUUUGGAUAUCCACAAAAUUGCGAUACCGGUGUGCUGAAGACAUUCAUUACUCAACAAGGGGUUAAGUCAGCGACAAAAGAAGAACAAGCACAAAUUACAUCUCAAGUAACAGGUCAAAUAGGAUGGAGACGAGAAGGUAUUAAAUACCGUCGUAAUGAAUUAUUCCUUGAUGUAUUGGAGUAUGUGAAUCUCUUGAUGAGUCCUCAGGGACAAGUAUUAAGCGCUCAUGUUGCCGGAAAGGUUGUAAUGAAAUCUUAUCUGUCGGGAAUGCCAGAAUGUAAAUUUGGUAUUAAUGAUAAAAUAGUGAUGGAUGCACGUGGAAUGAAGGGUGGUAGUGGUGCAUUGGGAGGUGGCGAAGAUCCAACAGGCGCACGUUCUGGUAAACCCGUUGUGGUUAUUGAUGAUUGUCAAUUUCAUCAAUGUGUUAAAUUGUCAAAGUUUGAAACUGAACAUUCCAUUAGUUUUAUACCACCGGAUGGCGAAUUUGAAUUAAUGAGAUACCGAACAACAAAAGAUAUAUCAUUGCCAUUUCGAUUGAUACCACUGGUAAGAGAAGUUGGCCGUACAAAAAUGGAAGUUAAAGCUGUUCUUAAAUCAAAUUUUAAGCCCUCACUUUUGGGACAAAAAAUAGAAGUACGAGUACCAACUCCAUUAAAUACUGCCGGUGUUCAAUUGAUUUGUUUAAAGGGUAAAGCUAAAUAUAAAGCUUCGGAAAAUGCAAUUGUAUGGAAAAUAAAACGUAUGGCAGGUAUGAAAGAAACUCAAUUGUCUGCUGAAAUAGAUUUACUCGAAACUGAUACCAAGAAAAAAUGGACAAGACCACCUAUUUCAAUGAACUUUGAGGUACCAUUUGCUCCAUCUGGCUUUAAAGUUAGAUAUCUCAAAGUAUUUGAAUCAAAACUAAAUUAUUCUGAUCACGAUGUUAUUAAGUGGGUGAGAUAUAUCGGCAGAAGUGGUCUUUAUGAAACGCGAUGUUAAUAAUACUCUACUUUGUCAUUGUAAUUUAUUGGGAAUAAUUAUUAUUUUUAUUCCUAUUAAUGACAACAACAAAUUUAUUCAACAAUAUUAUUACUAUAUAUUAUAUAGAUCAAUUAUAAAUAAUAAUGGUGGGUUAUUAUAACAAAAAAUCAUAAUUAAUCCCAAAAAACUAAAAAUUGUAUAAUCUUAUUCGUAUAAUUAAUUUCAAAAAAUAAUUAUUGUUGUUAUUGUUGUUGUUGUUGUUAUUAUUAUUGUAUCAAUCGCAGAAUAUAAGCGUGUUUAAAUGUCGUAUGACUACACAAAUUUAUGAACAAAAUAAAAAAAAUUUUUUUUUUUUUUGCUUUUUUCCUAAAAAGUGACAUCCAAAAAAAAAUAUGAACCAAAAACAAAUAUAACCGUUAUAAUGAAUUUUAUUAUCUGCAUGUGCUUAAAAACAGUAUAUGUACAUCACGUAUUGAAUACUUUGCGCAAUUAUUAAAUAAAUCUAUAGAUAUAACAAUAAUAUUAUUCGGCACAUAAUAAUUAUAAUAUAAUAUUAAGAACCUAGAAGAGAGAGUAGAAGAAAAGAUAAAUUAUACUAUAUAAAACGGUAAAAACAAGUAAAUAAAUUAAGAAACAAUAAAAAAUACUUUUAUUCUC